AUGGAUGACCUCAUGCAGAAUAACCGUGAGUUAAUAACGGACGUGAGAAAACUAUCAGAGGAAGUCAUAAUGCUUGAGGCUGAAAAUCAAAGAGCGAAAGAUAUUAUUAACAGACGUUCGAGCAGCUCCACCAACCCAAAAGGAGACAUGGCACCGAUUAAUGGCAACAUAUGGGAUGAAAUGGAAACGAAGAGGUCACUUGUCUUCGCUGGAGUACCAGAAAGCAGAGGAGGAUCUAGCAGUUACAGGACAAAUCACGAUCUUGCAUGCGUAGGUCAAGUACUUGGCUUUCUCAUUAUUGAUUGUCGUCCUGUUACGGUUUACAGAAUGGGCCGACCUAGUCCCUCUAGAGAUAGAUGGCUCACUCUAGUUCUCAAAGAGGUUUUGAAACGGCUACCACUGAAUAUACCAGCCUUGGUUAAUGCUUCUCCACUCAAGAGCAGUGACGGUGUGUUAUACGCAGGUAGCAAAAAAGAUGUUUGGCUUGAGAUCGAUGCCCUGACUGGUGCUAAGGUAGAGACGAUGUCAGCCACGAAUGACAAAGUUUGUCCAGCUAAUAAUAAAAGUGCCGUGUUCGUUGGCCGAGCUGAAUAUCGUUUCUUACCCUCUCACAAUAACGCAAAACAAGAUGCUGUGCUUAAUAGUCUGUGUUUCAACUUCUACUCAUCCUUCAAGUUUACUACAUCCUUAGAGCAGUCCAUUAGUCGCGAAAUUACAAUGUGCUCCAUGAUUGAUUUUGGCGCUUCAGAAAGCGUUUUCAGACAUGAGGUCAAAGAAUGUGUCAACAAGGUUGAACAAUGCGAUUAUCUUGUACGACAGUGAGAGCGGUAUCCUAUCAGCGGUUGUUCGGUCGAAUAUCUCAACGCACAUCACAUUGUAAUUAUGGACAAGGUUGAUGGAAACUUUCCCCAUGCUGUGUACUGGUGCACAUUAUGCGACUACCACAUGUCUAGCAUACAACAUGUGCGAAGUAACUUUGAACAGCAUGAGCAUUUCGCGGAUGAACAAGCAUAAUUUACAAAGCGCCUGUGACUUAUCGACAAGAACGUGACCGAAAUCCACGGCUCACAGUUUAUGAGCACGUUUACGCUUUCGUUAGUCAAAGUACGUGUACUACUUCAUGACUCUGAUCAGUGGGAUCACCAAAACUGCAUCGGAUCCCACAUGUUCUACGGGUACGACCUCCAAUGUGUCCCUAAUUUUAGAUAGGUCAAGUAAUUGUUCUGCAUGUAAUUUGUAACUUUGUAUCAAUUUCCAAAUUGCUGAUAGUAUAUUUUAGUCAUAGAAUGCGUAUCCUGUACUUAUCUCACCUCAUCUUAUUGCCUCCAAGAAUCUUAGUCUAGCAUCAACCAAAGCUUUCACAUGUCCGGGUCGAAUUGUACAUUGUUCUUAUUCAUUCUGUGCAAAAAUGUAAGUAUGCGAUACUCAGUUGUUUGUCGCAAUAAAAGGU